UUUUGUGUCUCAAAAUGAUCCCACUUCGAACCAUCGCAUUGUCAUGUUUGGCCCUGGCCCCUGUGGCUGUCUCGGCUGGCGCCUGUAAGCCUAGAUCCACAGAUCUUACAACGGCCGCCUCCUCCACUCUAGAGACCACGUCGUCAUCCGAAGCCUUGCAGUCGACGGUGACCGAUCUGACAACCACAAUCGCUUCAACGGUCGAAACAACAGUCUCAUCCAUAAUCGAGACGACAACAGAGGCAUCUACCAUCGAGACAACCUCCGAAGCCGCUACCACUACUUCCAGCGCACCAUGCCCAAGCUACACCCAAAUCAUCCCGCCUCCCAGCGGUAAAGUCUGCGGAAAGGAAGUUUCCAGAGGAACUCUUGACUCCUCACCUUUGUACCUCAAAUCUCAAUUGUCAACGACUGGUCUCACCGGAUGCGCCAAAUACUGUGGAGAUACCCCGGGCUGUGUUUCUUUCUAUGCGGAAGAUUAUGUACCCGGCCCAGGUGCGCCGACAUUCAAGAUCUGCUUCAUGUUCAAGGGCUAUGAGAAGGAUAUUCCCUUCGGCGAGGGACAGGAUGGUAGGCCGACGUACUACGAACAGGGCUGCUUCGCUUGUGUUCGUGAUGAGGCGCCUCAGCCGCCUAUCCCAAGUUAG